ACCAUUAGUACUUGCAAAGCAAACACACAAGCUACCAAAACCCAGAGCAAAAUGUCCAGCUUCAAGAAGUUCUCCCUGUGCCUAGUGCUUUCUAUCAUGUGGACUUCGAUUGCGGCCAGCACGCCAAUUAGACAAUGUGCCGACAGCAGCUAUCCUCAGCCACUGAUGGUGCAAAUCGACGAUUGUGACGCCUUGCCCUGCGAUUUGUGGAAGGGAACCGAGGCCAAAAUCGACAUCCAAUUUGUUGCCACUCGCAAUACCAUGAAGAAGCUAUCAGCCGAAGUGCAUCUGACCUCGCUGGGAGUGACCAUACCCUAUGACCUAGAAGCCUCCCGUGGCAACGUGUGCAGCAAUCUGCUCCAUGGCGCCUACUGUCCCCUGGAUGCUGGCGAGGAUGUGACCUACCAGCUGCUCCUGCCAGUCACCGCCAACCAGCCGGAGGUGCCCACGCGCCUGGAAAUUCGUCUUCUGGACUCCGAUAACGAGAAUCGAGUGGUGUCCUGUUUCCUGGCCGACACUCGGGUCAAGAAGCCCAGCUCGGCAGUCUAG